CCUUCCCCGUUUCUUGAGCGUCCGCAUGACGCAUGCGCAGCCCGGGAAGUUCUUUCUGGGUUCUGAGGUUUGGUCCACGCGGGUUCUUUGCUGCUGCGUCUGGCGAGCGGCGGCGAUGCUUUUCUACUCAUUCUUCAAGUCCCUGGUAGGGAAGGACGUGGUGGUUGAACUGAAGAAUGAUUUGAGUAUAUGUGGGACCUUGCACUCCGUGGAUCAGUAUCUGAAUAUCAAGCUCACAGACAUCAGUGUGACCGACCCAGAGAAAUACCCUCACAUGUUGUCCGUCAAGAACUGCUUCAUCCGCGGCUCGGUCGUCCGCUACGUCCAGCUUCCAGCCGACGAGGUCGACACGCAGCUGUUGCAGGAUGCCGCCCGCAAGGAAGCUCUGCAGCAGAAGCAGUGAGGGCGCCUCCUGCUUUCAUUCCCUCCCCUCCCCCUUUCUGCACUGCGUGGUUUUCCUCGGAUAGAGUUGAAUGAAGAUGUGGGAAAGCUAGACGCAGCUUUCAUACCUGCCCCCCCCCCCCGGUGCAAUGGAAGCUGCCACCAAUAUUCUGUGUGCACGCACCACACACACCAGUCCUGCACCCUUUGGGAGGCAGAAUGCGUGCCCAGGCUAGAGUUGGUGCCUGCCUCCUAUGGGUUGGAUCCAGACUUGUGAGUCAGCCUUGCAGGAGGCCCACAGGAAUCAAUAGGAAUUUAGUUGUGGCUACCUGAAAUCCCGUCAACUUUGGUGGGUCUGAUCCAUGCGCAUUUAAACCUGGGUCCAACCCUGCAAGAAGCAACAAAUCUGGUUUCUCUUUUGCUUUAAGUUCAAGGAGGUUGUCUGUACACUCCUGUUUUGUUCCUGCUGGGGACGCGGAACCCCCUCCCGUGGUAAUGGCAGCGACUUUUUUUAAAAAAGUAAUUAUUUUGAGCCAGUAGUUCAAUUUCCCAGCAGCUCCCCUUGCCCCUGCAAACACUUCUAGUAUUUCCUCUGCUCUGCCUGUGGCCAGCAGAGGGUGUCACAGGGCCAGCCAACUUUCCCUUUAAAGCAAACUUGGGUCUCCAGCAGUUUUUGGACUACAACUCCCAUCAUCCCUAGCUAGCAGAACCAGGGGUGAUGUGAACUGUAGUCCAAAAACUGCUGGGAAACCCUGCUCUAAAGCAGCUUUGUGCUUGGCCCGCAAACACGGGACCUGCCCAUGAUUGUAUUUUGUUUUCCUCAUGCCCUUUGUGUGUUUUUUUUUAUUUUAAGAGGGCAAAUUGAAAGAUAAAUUGUAUGUAAAGUUGCGGAAGAAUAAAAGGUUGCGUUUGAAAGAU